GGAGGCGAGGGUUUUGUUCUUGGUGGUUGUGUGCCCUAUUCCCAGGAGAGGGGACCCCGCCCCGGUGCCGUGUGUUUGUUUAUACCAGGUCUCCAUUCCCCCUACCAGUGUCGCUUCAUCUUCCACUCACCCCCUCUUCCGCCCCUGUUUUCAGGUCGGAAAGAUGAGUUCAAGUCUAUAAUAUUCAAUCCCCAACGUUUUCCGCCGCCUCAAUUGUGCACAUGGCGCUGGUGAAAGCGGCAGGGGGAGGACCCGCCGCCCAGCCCUGUUCUUGCCUGAUACCAUCCGCAUGCAUGGGCAUGUUCCCCCACCCCACCGAAAGAGUAUUUGGAUGUGGGGGUGGAAAGCCAGUUUUGUUUUUCCCCCAACCCCGCGAUUCCAAUCAUUCUGUUCCUCCCGAGUUGAAUAUUUCAAAAUGCAACCAUGGACCUAAUCAUGGAAAAACAAAAUGAGCUCCCGUGUGUUCAUUGGUCGACUAAGCCCUCAUGCCAGAGAAAGGGAUGUGGAGAAAUUCUUUAAAGGGUAUGGACGAAUAAAGGAAAUUGACUUGAAGAAUGGAUUUGGAUUUGUGGAGUUUGAAGAUCACAGGGAUGCAGAUGAUGCCGUUUAUGAAUUGGAUGGGAAAGAAUUGUGUAGUGAAAGAGUUACAGUUGAACAUGCUAGAGCGCGGCCUAGAGGGGGUCGUGGAGGAGGACGCUAUCAAGGUCGCUUUAGCCCACGCCGUCCACGGAGUGAGGGAAGAAAUGGACCUCCAGUUCGUACAGAGAACAGACUUAUUGUUGAGAAUUUAUCUUCAAGAAUUAGUUGGCAGGAUCUGAAAGAUUUCAUGAGACAGGCUGGAGAAGUUACCUUUGCGGAUGCGCACAGGCACAAAAUGAAUGAAGGGGUUGUUGAGUUUGCCUCGUAUAGUGAUUUGAAGAAUGCUGUUGAUAAACUCUCUGGCACAGAAAUAAAUGGAAGAAAGAUCAGGCUGAUUGAGGAACCUAAACAUAGGUCUCGCAGCAGAUCACGUUCACGUAGCCGUACGUUUUCCAGAUCUCGUAGUCGAUCUCGCUCCAGGAGCCGCAAAUCCUACAGUAGGUCAAAGAGUAGAAGCCGCAGUAAAUCCCGUUCUCGUAGUAGAUCUCGUGUCCCUGUCAGGGAACAAAAGGCCCGUUCGCCUUCGCCGUCCAAAUCGCCUGCAUCAUUGGAACGGCCAAGAUCUCGAUCUCGUUCACGUUCUCGGUCAGUGUCAAGAUCGCCUUCUGUUGCAAGUGCUGAUUAAGCAGUAUGUACUGACUGUUAAUAUAGUAAAAGUGGACUUUUACCCAAGUAAAUGGAAGUUAAUGUAAGUAGAAAGUAGUGAAUAUGUCUCAAAUAUGAAACUUUAAUGUCUUUUACUUGAGGCUAGAGUGCUUGCAAUUAUUGGAAGUAUGUUGGAAUUGUAUUGUUUACAUAUGCAGUAGUUUGAAAAAAUGUAUGCACAUACCCUAAUAUACCAUAAUGUUCAAUUAAUGUUACUUUAAAGAUGCAACUAAAUUUGCAUUAGUACUUUCCCAAUGGUAUAUAUAAUUGCAUUUCAUUAUUUUUUUUGUUUGUAAAACUUGCAAAUGUAACUCAAUUAAAAUGUGCAUUUUUCCCA